AGGUGGCUCUGGCAGCGCCUGUUUUGCGCAGUGCGGGGUCCUCUCGCGGGGCUGCCCGGGCCGUGCCUGCGCGCGCGGCCUGGCUGCUUCCGGUGUGUGUUCGGAGUGGGGACGCGGAGCGGAGCCGGGGAGAUGGCGGACGGCGGCGCGGAGCGGGCCGAUGGCCGUAUCGUGAAAAUGGAGGUGGAUUACAGCGCGACGGUGGACCAGAGGCUGCCCGAGUGCGAGCGGCUGGCGCAGGAAGGAAGAUUGCAAGAAGUAAUUGAAAACCUUCUCUCCUUGGAAAAACAAACACGAACGGCAUCUGACAUGGUCUCCACAUCCCGUAUCUUAGUUGCUAUAGUGAAAAUGUGUUACGAAGCUAAAGACUGGGAUGCCCUUAAUGAAAAUAUCAUUCUUCUGUCAAAGAGAAGAAGUCAGUUAAAGCAGGCAGUUGCUAAAAUGGUCCAGCAGUGCUGCACUUAUGUUGAAGACAUCACAGACUUACCAGUCAAACUGCGCUUAAUUGACACGUUGCGUACGGUUACAGAAGGAAAAAUAUAUGUGGAAAUUGAACGUGCUCGCCUGACAAAGACACUUGCAACAAUAAAAGAACAGAAUGGUGAAGUGAAAGAGGCUGCCUCUAUUCUGCAAGAAUUGCAGGUGGAGACCUAUGGUUCAAUGGAAAAGAAGGAACGUGUAGAAUUUAUCCUGGAGCAGAUGAGACUCUGUCUAGCUGUAAAAGACUAUAUUCGGACUCAAAUCAUCAGCAAAAAAAUUAACACAAAAUUUUUCCAAGAAGAAAACACAGAAAAACUAAAGUUGAAGUACUACAACUUAAUGAUCCAGCUAGAUCAACACGAAGGCUCCUACCUCUCCAUCUGUAAGCACUACAGAGCCAUCUAUGAUACUCCAUGUAUCCAGGCUGAAAGUGAAAAGUGGCAGCAGGCACUGAAGAGUGUUGUUCUUUAUGUUAUUCUUUCACCUUAUGACAAUGAACAAUCUGAUUUGGUGCACAGAAUUAGUAGUGACAAAAAGCUAGAAGAACUCCCCAAGUACAAAGACCUCUUAAAACUAUUUACCACCAUGGAAUUGAUGCGAUGGACUGCCCUAGUUGAAGAAUAUGGGAAAGAAUUGAGAGAAGGAUCCCUUGACAGUCCUGCAACAGAUGUUUUUGGCUGUACAGAGGAAGGUGAAAAGAGAUGGAAAGAUUUAAAGAAUAGAGUUGUGGAACAUAAUAUUAGAAUAAUGGCUAAAUAUUAUACCAGAAUUACAAUGAAGAGAAUGGCACAGCUCCUGGAUCUGUCUGUUGAUGAAUCGGAGGAGUUCCUGUCAAACCUAGUAGUUAAUAAGACCAUCUUUGCUAAAGUAGACAGGCUGGCAGGAAUUAUCAAUUUUCAGAGGCCUAAGGACCCAAACAAUAUACUCAAUGACUGGUCUCACAAACUCAACUCACUAAUGGCCCUAGUUAACAAAACCACACAUCUCAUUGCCAAAGAAGAGAUGAUACAUAACCUGCAGUAAGGUGCCUCAAUAAUCUCAGUGCUUUUUAAAGAAGGCAUUAAAUCUUCAUAAUAGAGACUAUUA